AUGUUAAAAAAAAUUGUUUUGCUUUUGAUUCUUAUAGUAGCUAUCCAAUCUAGACAUCAUAGACUGAGACCAACUAAAUCAGAUGUUGGACAUAACUUAGCAAUGAAACCUGGAGAUGCUUGUUUACCAACAACUAAUUUAAGUGGAUAGAAAAAAGAAGAAACUGCUGCCAAUUAAGCUAGAAAACAUUUAACUGUACAUUAAUAAUAUAAAAUUAGAAAUUUGCAGAUGAUUUGACAGAAGAAAAUAGAAAAGCAACAGAAAAAUAACCAUUCCCAAAUUUAUACACAUAUUAAGAUGAUAAUUGUGUUGGAAAAGCUUAAGAUCCCCCUAAAAGAGAUAGAAGAAUGAGAAGAAGUUGA